CCGAGAUAGUCAAAGCGAAGGAUGGAGGAAAUGCUCAGCCGCAUCUUACUGCACAUACAGGUCACCACACGGACUUUUCGUCUCAGCUCUCUUUUCGAAAUCUCACCAUGUGAGCGUUCUUGCUUCCUUUUCCUCUUUCCUCUUACUACACUUCAUUUCUCCGUCGCGCUUUCGGUGCUCGACGAAGUGAAUGAAAUAUGGCGACUUCAGGAUUGCCGCCGGACAUGCCUGUUGAGCCAACACUCAAAUGUAAUCCAGCCACAGGAAGGUGCUCACCAGCUCCAAGACCAACAGAAAGUUCAGAGACUCUGCUUGGAGAGGAACCGACAUCGACUACUGCUCCGCUUCCCACAGACCUAGCAUUGGCGACUGCGAUAUCAACACCAGUGGAGACAGGAUCUGUAGCACCGGUAACAACAAUAGAUGCAGCAACCCCCUCGGGGAACGCACCUUCAUCAGCCCAGUCUGGUGAUACUAGACGUGGAGGAAAUGGGGGCGUCAGUCCCGGGGCCGUCGCAGGCAUCGCUAUUGGGACUGCAGUGAUCGGAGCCGCGAUCGCCUUCCUCGUCGCCUUUUUACUAUUCAAGAAGCGAAGAGCAAGGGAAUCAGGAAACGGCAUGGCAAUGGCCAAAUACGACUCGAAUCCAGAGCUUGUAUCGCUCUCUCUGGCCAAAGGACAAGGCGACUACUCACAGAUAUCGCCUGCUCCACCCCUGGUAGCUGCCCCAGCAGUCGGACAAAGAGAGAGUGUUCAGAUGGCCAAUAUGUCAAAUUCUUCUGACCCCCUCGCUGGCAUACUCCCUCCUCCUGCGGAUGCCUCUGCAGUUCGGUCGAGUGUAUCUAGUCUAUUUGAACAUAUAUCUCGCCACGUGGACAACUUUUAUCGUGAUGUCCACGCAAGUAUUACGCCGAGUAUGGAAGACGAUAUUUCCCGUUUCGGAAACUCGAGCACACCUAUGGUAGACCUCCUGCAAGGCACAUCUAGUCCAACUGUGGCCAUCAAACAUGCACUCACGGGAUACGUUCUGGCCAUCACGAGUCCCGAGACGGACGAUGAGGAAACACUGUUCCCCAAGGAAAUCGCAAGUGUGCCUACCGGUGCCGGAAAAGACAGAUUACUCGAAACGCCUGAUCUCACAGUUCCAUAUCUACUUCACCGUCGUCUUUCCAGCUAUCUGCACAACUCAACCUCGCAGCACGGUUCCCAGGCCGCAACCAGCUCUUCGAUCCGUGAAGCGGCGGAACACUUCGCACUCACGUUCUUCCCAUGGGCGAACCCUGGCUGCAGUGACCAGGAAAGGGACGAGGACCUCGUGCAAAUCAUCCAGAGCUCGCUUGAUACCAUGAUUUGGCUGUAUGGCCAGCCAUUCCUAUAUGACUUCAUGUGGGAGGGCGUUGGCAGCAGGGGAAUCAUUGUUUCCCCUGGAUUGGUGAAGCUUAGCGAUGGUAGUGGCCGUGUAGUUAGGGAAGGUGAGAGGGGGGAGGUGCUGAUUGAGCCCAAGGUAGUUGGGGCAUGAGACACCUGUGGCAUUGGGAAGGUGGCCGUUAGCUUUCUCUUAACCUGAAUGACACAUGGAAAUUGCAAUAGUAUGCUCACCGGUUCACAACUAAUAAUUCUGAUGAAGGAAAACGUCCGAAACUGUGAACUGCAUCGUGGUACUCGUAGGUAGCAAUCAUAGCCUCAAGUCUGUGUGUUAAACGCAAAGAUACCCAGACAUUGAAAUCCUC